AUGAAUCAACCAACAAGAAGAUACAUAAUCACAGCUUCAGAAGCUGAAGCAAUGGCGAGAUCUAAAGGUCUCACUGUCCCUCAACUUCUCCCAUCGCUCGUUAAAUCUGCUCAAGAUCUCGCUCGUACACCCAUUUCGAAAUUCAACGUUGGGGUCGUUGGAUUAAGCUCCGAUGGCCGAAUAUUCUUCGGUGGCAACAUCGAGUUCCCUGGUCUUCCCCUCCACCAUUCCAUCCACGCUGAACAGUUCCUUAUCACCAACCUCGCUGCCCACGGCGGCGGUCCUAAACUACUGAACAUAGCCGUGUCCGCCGCUCCUUGUGGCCAUUGCCGGCAGUUCCUCCAAGAACUUCGGGGAGUUUCCAAAACCCAGAUCAUAGUCACAGAUCAACCUCUAGAAAACCCCGAUUACAAACCGAUUUCAUCGAUCUUACCUAACCCGUUUGGCCCUUUUGAUUUAUUAGAUCAAGAAACGCCUCUAAUUCUUGAGAAACAUAGCAACAAGUUGUCUCUCAAAGAUGAUUCCUCGAUCACCCAAAACGGAAAUACACCGAAUUUAUCAAAUGGGUAUCACGAAUUGAUUGAAAAGAACGAAGAAACUCUUAUAACAGAGGCUCUGGAGGCGGCGCGUGGUUCACACGCUCCCUACAGUGGAUGUCCGUCGGGUGUGGCAUUGAUGGAUUGUGAAGGGAAAGUGUACAAGGGUUCCUACAUGGAGUCUGCGGCGUAUAACCCGAGUAUGAUGCCAGUGCAGGCGGCGCUGGUGGCGUACAUGGUUGCCGGCGGUGGUGGGUAUGAAAGGAUUGUGGCGGCGGUGUUGGUGGAGAAGGAGGAAGUGCUGGUGAAACAAGAGGAUACGGCUAGGUUGAUGUUGAAAUAUAUCUCACCAAAAUGCGAGUUUAGAGUUCUUCAUUGUAUUUGA